AUGACGGUCAACAAUUCUAUUGUUUAUUCAAGACCUUUAAGUGUUUCUGAAAACUUCUUUAGAUGUCGGACAGCUAGUGGGAAUUACAGAAACUUCGUCGUUACUGCAACCUACAAUCAAGGUUUAAAAAAGAACUUGCAUAUCUUGGUCAAAGCGUUAAGGAAAACUCUAUUGGAGUAUCCAAUACUUGCGACAACAGUUCAGUUUGACAAAACAGUGAAUGCUUUUGCAAAUGUGCCUUUGAAAUCGAUCAAAUUGAAUGACAUCUUAUUUUUUGAAAGUGAUAAAGAGUGGCUAACAGAGGGAGUGAUUAAUGAGAAUUUUAUUAGAUACUGCAAUGAAACACAGUUCAACUUGUACCAAGAAAACGUAUUAUUUAAGUUGAUUUUGGUUGGCGAUUUUCAUUUGUCGGCGAUCUUCGAACACACUAUUGGCGAUGGUCUAGUGGCGAAUUAUUUUCAUGAAGUUUUGCUUAAAAAUUUGGCAGAAUGUGAGUUGAUGGAAAACACUUUAUUUGAAGAUCAAUUUGGGCCAUUGGUUUUUGAAAACAUAGAACUAAAAGAUGAGAUACUCAACUUUGAAAAGGACAGAAUCUACAUCAAGAAUUCUUUACCACCACCUAUUGAUCCGUUUCUUGAGGACAUUGAUUUGGACUAUAGUUUUGGCGACCCAUAUUUCCAAGACAAGGUUAUUCCAGAAGGUUUCCCAAAUAAAUGGAGGGGAAGAUUUGAUACUGUUGACACACACGAUAUUAGUUUCAAGUUAAUAAACUUUAGCAGACAAGAAACGAAAGAAAUAUUAUCCAAAUGCAAAGAACAUAAAGUAGGCAUAACCUCAUAUAUCGAAGUUGUUAACGCGUUGACUUUCCAGCCAGUUUUUGGAGACAAUUCAUUCACCACACACAGAACCGCCAUGACAUUAAGAAGACACUAUACUCCUGAUUUAGCAGAAUACCCUUACAAAAAAAUCUUGUCAGAUCCAGAAUACAAAAUCUUUGGAACCCUGGCUCACAUGGGAUUUGUUCAGAAUUUCCCACCAAUUAAAGCGUUUUCUUGGGAUUUGGUGAAGAAAGUUAAUCUUGAUUUAUCAAAGGCUGUUAGGAAUAAACGCGCUUUGAACCAAAUGAAACCUUGGAAGGAUGCAGGGGACUUGUUGGACGAAAAAAAAUAUGGCGUUCUUUGA